AUGGGUAAGACGGGUAACCACCGGCAUGCUUCACUGGAGCUUAUGGAAGCGUCUCCAGACUCACCACGCCUGCAGCAAAACUAUGGAGAGGUGAACCAGUUAGGCGGCGUGUUCGUCAAUGGACGACCCCUGCCCAACGCCAUACGGUUGAGGAUCGUGGAGCUGGCUCAGCUCGGGAUCAGACCCUGCGACAUCAGCCGGCAGCUCCGAGUCUCGCACGGCUGCGUGAGCAAGAUUUUGGCGAGGUACAACGAGACAGGCUCCAUCUUACCCGGAGCCAUCGGUGGGAGCAAGCCACGGGUCACGACGCCUAACGUGGUGAAGAACAUCAGGGAAUACAAACAAGGCGACCCCGGGAUCUUCGCCUGGGAGAUCAGGGACAGGCUUUUGGCAGAUGGAGUUUGUGACAAGUACAACGUCCCGUCGGUGAGCUCGAUCAGCAGGAUUUUACGCAACAAGAUUGGAAAUCUCUCCCAGCCCAACCAGUAUGAGAGCAGCAAGCAAGGCUCCGCGCAGGCCGGGCUCUCCUACAACCACAUAUACCCUUAUUCCUACCCGAACACCAUGUCGCCCACUGGCACUAAAAUGGGCAGCCCUUCUGGAGUACCGAUGACGGCUGGACAUAUGAGCUUAUCCAGGGCCUGGCCUUCCGCACACACCGUCAGCAACAUCCUCGGUAUACGAGCCUUCAUGGAUCCUGCAGCCCUCGCUGGGACGGAGGGAUAUUCACAAAAAAUGGAAGAGUGGAGUAACGUCAACAGAGCAGCUUUCCCCGCGGCUCACACGGUCAACGGGAUCGACAAAUCAGCUAUUGACCCCGACAUCAAAUACGCUCAGCCCUCCUCGACACUGUCCGGUUAUGUCUCGGCGUGUGCUUACUCUCCCACCAACCAGUACGGGGUGUACAGCGGGCCAGCAGGCGGCUACGUGGCCCCGGGCCACCACCACCACCACUGGCAGCCGCAGAGCCCGGCCCUGUCGCACCCGGGCGGCGGGAUGAGCAGCAUGCGCGGGGAGAUCCACUCGCCGAUGACCUUCAAGCACCAGGCCAGAGAAGGAGACAGAAAACCGCCCACUCCCCUGAGCAAGCAGCAGCAGCAGCAGCAGCAGCAGCAGCAACACGAAGACUUGAACAGUGUGCAUGGACUCAGUCUCCCUACCUCAUCAUCAUAA